AUGGACGCUUCAAGACAAUCCAGCUAUAGUAAUACAUCCUAUACUAGUGAAUCAAGUAAAAAUCGUUACGAUCGAUGGCAUUGGACCGUUUUCUUACAAGCAUAUUUUGUCAGUAUUGCGGCUAUUUUGGGUAUUGGUAUUCUCGGUCUGCCUGUAACAUUGUCUCAUUCUGGCAUGCAACCUUUGAUCUUAAAUCUUAUUAUCAGCUUCUUUGCACAGUUUGUUUGUAUUGAAGAUGAUUCAACGCCUUUAACCUCGGAAACGAAUAAUACUGAAGCUUUAGCUAUCAUCGAGCAUAAGCUUGCAGAAUUAAAGGAUUUAAUGGUGCAAGAUAAAGAUCAAGACGAAACACAAGAUGAUGAAAUUAGCCUACAUACCAUUUCCAAACUUUUUCUACCCUUUGGAGCUUAUCAACUGUUUGAUAUUCUAGUCAUUGCAACAUUUUUAUCUAUCUUGAUCAGCUUUGCAUUAGCCGGUGGUCAGGCCUAUUCAGAGAUAACUGAACUACCAUUACCAGUGAUGAUAUCCAUCUUUGUAUGGAGUUGGGCCGCUGUUAUCAUUUUCCUUCGAAAAAUUGUUCAGCCUUUUGUCUCUGUUUUAACAAUCGUUAAAUGUAUUGCCUUAGUAGUUACGGAUAUUGAUAUUGUUGAUCAACAGGUAUCGGUUACUUUUUAUGUUGGCUUAAAAAUUGAUCUCCCAAUACACAACAACUGGAGCUAUGUUGGCUCGUCUUUUCUAAUGACAACAGUUUCCCUCGGUGGUAUCAUUUUGAUCAUGCCCAUGCUUUUUGCUAGAAUCCGCUUCAAUACCCGAGAGGUAGUCCUAUUUAAUACAGCCAUAAUAAGUGCGUUAGGGACGGUGGUGAUCUUGAAUCUCCUUUGGUCGUAUGCUGUGCUUGGGGUUGUUCCUCAACGAUGUGUUGAUAUCCAGCCAACUAUAAUGCAACCCGAUAACCAGAAUACGACCUUAGCAGGACACUGCAACAUUUCCUUAGCAUGGGCAGAAAGAAACGGUAAAAUAUCGACUGUUCCAUUAACUGAGAUUCUUCGACAGCAUUAUCCGAAGUACGAUUGGAUUGCUAGUUUGGUUGAAAUCUUUAUCGUUAUCAGUAUCACCGUCUCAUUUUUAACUUUAGGAUCAGCUUUAAGGCACACAUUGUGUGGAACGUUAGAUACAAUCUGGAAUUACUUUAAAGCGAGAAUGUCUGAGGAGGCAGCUGCCCAAGUAGAAGAUGGGGUUCGCACUACUACGGAAAAAAAUUGGCUAUGGAUUACUAAAAUUCUAGUCUAUAUCCUUACAUUUGGCAUCGCUUUUAUAGUUGCAAUGUUUAAUCCAAAGGCAUUUAUAGCAAUCCUAAGUUCUGUAGGAUCAUUUUUUAUCAAUUUACAAGCUGGAUUGUUCAUACCUAUGAUGAUCUACAAGGCUAGGCGGCAUGCUAGCAGCAAUUUAAAGACGCCUUGUCCGAUGGGGAAAAUUCUGUAUAUAUUACACUUUUUGAUGGCCUUUUAUUUCUUAUUUGCAGUUGUUUAUGAUAUUGUUAUUGUAAUUAUACAAUCUGUUCAUAAAUCUUAA